GGUCCGCUGACUGUGCAAACCUUCUCUGUACAGUCAAAAUUCUUAUUUGUAAUUAAACAAAAAUGGGUACAUGUCUAGGAAAGCAUAGGAAAAAGCGAAACACUGUAUGCCCCUCUGGCACAGAGGAAGAUUUACGUCAAAACUCCAUCAGACGUAAAGCACCAGAAGACAUGAUACAAGAACUUCAGGAUGCAAAUGCCAGGGACUCUAAAGUAGCAACUGCUGGAGUAUCAUUCACAGUGGACUUCCGGGAUGGGGAUCCUACCAGGAUGCCAUCUAGACUGGCAGACAGACUUGAUGGAGCCAUCACACCUCCCGAGGACGGCAAUGAGGUAAAAUACACAUCUGAGGAAAGACAGCUGUUGGCAGAGCUUUUGCGAAAUGAUGCUUUGCGCGAAAGGAAAGAAAAGGCCGCAAUGCGCUCUGGAGCUCAGCUUUAAACAGGGACACAGUGGGUCGUAAAUCGAUUUGGAUGCUGAAAUUGCGCAUUGAAUCUUUACGAAGCUUGCCUGUUGAAACUGAUUAUAAUUCACUUUUACAAAAUUAAUUGAUAAAAUAUAAUUAUAUGAAAAUUUA